AUGGAGCUGUACCUCAAUAACUGUUCUAAGACUGCCAAAGCGGCCGCCACCAAGGUAGCUGCCAGCACCCUGAAAGCUGAGAAGACCUGCGGCACAAGCUCGCAGAAAAGAAACAUUCCAGAAGUUGGCGUGUCUCACCUGUUGGAUAUGCCUCUAGGAGUCAAGCUACCAGUUCUCCCAGGAAGUACUAAUCUAUUCUAUACUACAAAUAUAAGUGAAACGCUCUAUCAACCUUCUUUUGGUUUUAACCUUAAUGAUCCUUAUUGCCGACUUCUGGAACCCAGCUAUAAAAGUCUACAUGAUCCACAUCUAAAAACAUACUAUAAGAGAAAAGAUAUCCUGAAGCGAUUAAGGAAAGGCGGUUAUAUCACCAGCAAUAAUAAAGUUAUAUGUUCCUUGAAGGAAUUAAAUAAGUACAGACAAUAUCUGACCAGUUUAAAAAUAGACUUUCAAAAAAACUAUAUGCGAGAACAAAAAAUAAUUGAAAAACAAGUAAAUGAAUUGCAAGAAAACAAGAAAGUCUAUGAUAAUUGUGAUGCUACCCAUUUCCAACAAUGGCUAUUACAGGAAAGCUUGCGAACAACUCCAGACCAAGAUUUGUUAAUAAAACGCAGAUACUUACAUAUGAUUAGUAGGGAAUUAGAUAAGAUUGAAAACGCAACAGAAAGGCGGAGUGCACUUCGGAUGAGGGAAGAAGAAAGACGACAUCAGGAACACCUAAGAAGGAGACUUAACCUACACAGACAAAUUGAAGAGGAAUGGAAAUCAAAAGAAAUGUUACUUUUGACAAAAAUCAGAGAAGAAGUAAAAAGAGAAGCAAAAGUUGAAGAACAACAUCGGAAAGUCAGAGAAGAAAUUGACCAGAAGAAUCAAGCUCUUCUAGAGAAAAAAAUCACUUAUCAUUUACAAAAAGGGCAAAGAAAUGAGUAUAAAAUAAGUGAAUCAGAAGAAAAUAUCCUUGAAAACAAAAGACAAGAUGAAGCAGAAUCAGUUCGCCAUUUUACAAACAAUAACAAGGUUUCUGUUAAAAAAUCAACAACCUUAUUGAGUCCUGAGGAAGCUGUACAGGCUAACACAACAGAACAAAAGGAUGAUACAGAAACAACUAUAACAUCAUAUCCUUUAAAUGAUGAAGAAGUAAAAAGUGCUGUGGUUCUUGCUCCAGUUUUUUCUGAUAAAGCAACAUCUAUCUCCAGACAAUCUAUACUAGAUAGUUCAAAACAAGAGCAAAUGUUGGCAAUACCAGUAACAGUUUGUCAGUUGGCAAAAGAAAAUUAG